AUGGAGGACGUGUGGAGUGUGGCGGUGAGUGUUUUCCAGGUGUGGAUGUUCGUGGUGGUGUUCCUCAUCAUGCUGCCUGCCAUGUUCGGUCUCUCUCUGGGCGUCACCGGCGUCUACAUCCAGGUCCUGGUCAAAAUCCUCAAGUGGGCGACAGUGCGAAUCCAGAGAGGACGCGAGGAGCAGCCCAGUGUUCCUGUUCCUCUGCCCAACGGCAUCAUUGAGCGAGAGGGCGGCUCCAUGGAGGAGGAAAUGACGCUGACGCAGCGCCACUCUGGGUCGGACAUCGCGGGGGCGGAGUUCUCCCUGAGCGACGCCCUCUACUUCUAUAAGAAGGGCUUGGAGAGCAUUGCGGACGACCAGGUGACUCAGCGCUUCUCCUCUGAGGAGCUCGCCUCCUGGAACCUCCUCACACGCACCAACCAGAACUUCCACUACAUCAGCCUCCGGCUCACCGUCAUCUGGGGCCUCGGCGUCUUCGUGCGAUAUGGCAUCCUCUUCCCUUUCAGGAUCACGCUCGCCAUCAUCGGCCUCUCGUGGCUCAUCAUCGGAACGACUCUGAUUGGAUAUUUACCUGAGAGCAGUGUGAAGACGUGGCUCAGUGAACUCAUCCACCUGACCUGCUACAGAAUCUGUGCCAGAGGUUUGUCGGCCACCAUCAACUACCACCACAGAGAAAACAAACCUCAGAAAGGCGGGAUCUGUGUUGCCAAUCACACCACGCCCAUCGACAUCGUGAUUUUGGCCAACGAUGGCUGUUAUGCGAUGGUGGGUCAGAUUCACGGCGGCCUGAUGGGCGUCAUGCAGAAGUCGAUGGUGAGGUCGUGUCCUCACGUUUGGUUCGAGCGGUCGGAGAUGAAGGACCGUCACACAGUGACCAGCAGGCUCCGAGAUCACGUCGCAGCCAAGACCAAACUUCCCAUCCUGAUAUUUCCUGAAGGAACCUGCAUCAACAACACGUCCGUCAUGAUGUUCAAGAAAGGAAGCUUCGAGAUCGGAGGAACCAUCCACCCCGUCACUAUCAAGUAUGACCCUCGUUUUGGCGACGCGUUCUGGAACAGCGGGAAAUACAACAUGGUGAGUUACCUGCUGCGAAUGAUGACGAGCUGGGCCAUCGUCGUCAACGUGUGGUACCUCCCCCCGAUGACCAUACAGGACGGCGAGGAUGCAGCACAGUUUGCCAACAGAGUGAAAUCUGCCAUCGCUCAACAGGGAGGAUUACUGGACCUGGACUGGGACGGAGGACUGAAGAGAGGGAAGGUGAAGGACUCACUAAAGGAGGAGCAGCAGAAGAAAUACAGCAGCUUCAUCACUGGACACAAUAACAGAGACACUGAGGACUGAGACAAACCUGUGUCUGUGUCCACCUGCCGUUCUUUUUUUGGUCUUCAGCUCAGAGAGCCUGCACGCAGUUAUGUGUUUUCACCAGCAGGUGGCAGCGUCUGACAGCGGUUCACUCAAAAAUCAAAAUGAUGGAUGAUUGAAGGGCUUCAGGCGAACCUCAUGAAAACAUCCCAACACAACUGUCCGUCAUCAUCAAGACAACAACUCAGGAAAGACAAGAAGAGAAGGAAACUAACGAGUAGAGGACAAAGGAGGAAAAGUUAAAUAAGAACAUUAAAACAAGUUCAAAAACAAUAUAGCAAAAAACAUAUAAAACAAAUAAAAAUGGUCUGGUGUCGUUUUCUGUCUCAAUGUUUGCUUUUCCAGGAGCCUUGGGGACAAAAUCAAAGAGAUGCGGUGACGACGUCAGUUUUUCCUAAACAUGAUGUAUUACAUUAUAAUAUUUACAUGAAAUGAAAUACUGUGUUCUGUUCAAAUUUAAAGCAACAAUCAAAAAUGAGAAAUUGCUUGUAAAUUGCUGCUUAAGUCUUAUUUAAUUAAUAAAUAAAUGUAUUUUUCCCCCCUGCAUAUAAUAAAUAUGCACCACAUGUGUGUUUAUAUAUGAACAUGUGUUGAUUUCUCUUAAUUUUUAAUAAAUAAGGUGAUUUUUUUU